AUGCCCUCCGCCUACUCGCAGCGGGCCCUGACGGUGCUGCUGCUCUUCGGGACACUGGCCGCCGCCAUGGCCCUGCUCGCCUCCAGCCUCAUCUUCCAGCUGCCGUCGGGUCGGACCGGUGCCGGUCCCGGUGCCGGUCGAGGGGCUCUGCCGGAGCCGGCGGCCGCCGUUCUGCUGCCGGUCUCGGCCGUGCUGGCCGCGCUCUGCCUGGUGCUCAACGUGAGCUGCCUCCUGCUCUGCCUCCUCCACGGCUACUUCAGCACCGAGAUGUGCCGGGGACAGCCCGGGACCGAGCGGGCUGACUGGUUCCUCCUGGACAGCCGGAGGGUCCGUCACGCUGCCAUCGGCCUCUUCUGCUGUGGGGUCUCCAUCUACCUGACAGCUCUCGCCAUCUACAUGCUGCUGCUGUUCGAGCUGGAGGCUGGCAUUGCCAGUGCCUGCAUCCUCUCCUCGGGUGUCAUCGUCCUGCUGAUCACAGUGACCCACGCCCUGCUCAGGGCUUCCCAGCUUUCCCAGCAGAACCGCUCCGAGGUUUCUCACACCCUGUACGAGAACGACUCAGCCCAACACGGCGACUCCCCCGGCAGCCGGAUGAACAACAGGAACGCGGCCCCUCCCCGGCCCGAGAUCCCCCGGGAAUUUUCUUUCCCUCCUUUCCUGGAGCGUAAAUCCCAGCUGGGCUCUCCAGCCAGCAGCAACCUCACCUCCUCGGGCAGCCCUGGGCCUCGCUCCCAGCAGGAACGUUCCCAGCUGGUGCGGACACACCGGACGCUGCCGGCAGAGCCGGGGCUGCUGCAGGUGCAGGGGAAGCCCUGGAGUGGGAUCACCCAGGAGAUGAGGAACGUGCUGUCCCGCAAGCCUGGAGCCUCAGGCAAGGACUCGACCCUGGUGUGAAUGGAAGUGGGACCUUCUCUCGUCUCAGGGGAGCUGCAGGCAGCCAGGGCCAAGAUUUGCAUCUCUGAUUAGAGCUUAAUAUGGGUCCUGUCUCAGCAGGGCAGGGGGUGGCUCUUCCACCCUCACCCCCCUACCCGGGGGUCUGGGCAGCUCCUGCUUGAUGCUCGUUGCUGCUUCUACUGAGAUGCCACCUCCACUCAAAGCCACCUGCCCUGAGCCCCCAGCCCCUCCUGCUGGGGGACACUGCUGGCACUUGUGCCCCCACAAACAAGGACCACAAAAUGACCCAGGCAGGACCCCCAUGGCUGCCCCAGCCCCAGCAAAGGAGGAGGAACACAUGGGUGAGAAGCAGUGAGUGGACCUUGUCCACACACCGACCUCUGCUCCUUCUUCAGCAGAUGCCAGCUGAUUUCUCUGGCUGUCCCUGCCUCCUUCCUGCCUCCUCCAUCCCCAGGAGCCCAAGCUACAUGGAGAUGGUUCAUCCCACCCACCCAGCUGAGCUUCAGAAACCCAGGGAGGUGAUGGAGGAGCAAAAAGUGAGAUGGAGCCAGAGGAGCCUCCUGAGAGCAGGACAAUUUCUAUGGGAACUGAGUCCAGCACUGCUUUGAUCCCUGCAUCCUUGGUAAAUUCUCCAGCAGAACAGAACUGCUGGUUCCAGGAGAUAUUAAGGUUGGAGCUGCCCCCUUUCAAGCGACCUCCAGAGCUGUGCAUGCAGCUCUGCUUCCCACUGCUUGACAGGGGAUGGAGAAAGUCCUUUUUUGGUUGUUUUUCUGAAGGCCAGGGCA